UUUCCCCAAAAUUUCUCCCCAUUUCCGAAUCUGAUCCAAUUUCGUCACUGAAACCCUAAUUUCUCUGCUUCUCCUCAGCUCUCCGCUUUCCUUCUCAGUGUCAAUUGUGGCAGUAAUCCGAUCUCCCUUGAAGUUCCUCCCCGCCGUAAACCCUAAUAAUGCCUUCCCUGGUGUCGCCGGGGAAGAUCCUCCGGCUGGAGCUGGAGAACUUCAAGUCCUACAAGGGCCAUCAGGUGAUAGGCCCAUUCUACGACUUCACUGCCAUCAUCGGCCCCAACGGUGCCGGCAAGUCCAACCUCAUGGACGCCAUCAGCUUCGUUCUCGGUGUCCGCACCGGCCAGCUCCGUGGCGCUCAGCUCAAGGACCUCAUCUACGCGUUCGACGACUCCGAGAAGGAGCAGAAGGGCCGCAGGGCCUUCGUCAGGCUCGUGUACCUGAUGGGGAAUGGCUCUGAGCUCCAGUUCACCCGCACCAUCACCAGCACUGGCGGCAGCGAGUACAGGAUCGACGGGAAGGUGGUCACUUGGGACGAGUACAAGGCGAGGCUGAAGUCACUUGGGAUUCUCGUGAAUGCAAGGAAUUUCCUCGUGUUUCAGGGUGAUGUGGAGUCCAUUGCGUCGAAAAAUCCGAAGGAACUCACAGUGCUGCUGGAGCAGAUAUCUGGGUCUGAAGAACUCAAGAGAGAUUAUGAACAGCUUGAAGUAGAAAAAGCUGCUGCCGAGGAAAAAUCUGCGCUAGUGUAUCAGAAGAAAAGAACGGUAGUUAUGGAGCGAAAGCAGAAGAAAGAACAGAAGGAAGAGGCUGAGAAACAUCUCCACCUGCAAGAGCAAUUGAAAAAUUUGAAGCAGGAAUACUAUUUGUGGCAAUUGUAUAACAUUGAGAAAGACAUCACAAAGACAAAUGAGGAACUUCAGAACGAAAAGGGAAAUCGUGAAGGGGUUCUGCGUGAACUUGAACAUUUUGAGCAUGAAGCAAGUAAGAAGAAGAAAGAGCAGGCCAAAUAUUCAAAAGAGAUCAUGCAAUGUGAAAAGAGAAUUGCUGAGAGAAGCAGUAAGCUUGACAAGAAUCAACCUCAGCUUCUGAAACUGAAGGAAGAAAAGUCUCGCAUCCGCUCAAAAAUAGAGAGCAACAAGAAAGAGCUUGAGAGAAAAAGAAAAGAAAGGAAGAAGCGUGCCAAUGAUAUCGCGGAGCUAGAAAGGGGCAUAAAAGAUCUGACUGCAAAGUUGGAGGGACUGCGUGAAAAAGGUCGAGAUGGUGGAAAGAAACUUCAGUUGGAUGACGAUGCGCUCCAGCAGUAUUUUAGAAUCAAAGAGGAUGCUGGGAUGAGAACAGCGAAGCUGAGAGAUGAGAAAGAAGUCUUAGACAGGCAGCAGCAUGCUGAUAUUGAAGCUCAAAAGAAUCUUGAAGAAAAUCUUCAGCAGUUGCAGAAUCGAGACCAUGAGCUAGAACUGCAGGAGGAACAAAUGCGGUCAAGACUGGACGGAAUCCUUAAAUCAUCUGCGAAGAAGAAGGAAGAUCUCACGGCAUUGAAAAAGGAAUUGCGUGUAAUGCAAGAUAAACAUAAAAAAUCCAGGAUUAGACAUGAAAAUCUGAAGUCAAAACUUGAUGAAGUUGAGGAUAAACUAAGUGAGUCUCGGGCGGAUAGACAUGAAACUGAGCGAGAUGCUAAGUUGUCUAAGGCAGUGGAAACACUGAAACAGUUGUUCCCAGGAGUCCACGGUCGAGUGACUGAACUUUGCAAGCCAACACAGAAGAAAUAUAAUCUUGCUGUUACUGUUGCAAUGGGUAAAUUCAUGGAUGCUGUGGUUGUUGACGAUGAAAAUACUGGGAAGGAAUGCAUCAAGUACUUGAAAGAUUCAAGGCUUCCACCUCAGACAUUUAUACCGCUCCAAUCAGUUCGUGUAAAGCCACUUAUUGAGAGGUUGCGCACCCUAGGCAGGACUUCGAAACUUAUUUUUGAUGUAAUCCAAUUUGAUCCUGCAUUGGAGAGAGCUAUACUUUUUGCUGUUGGCAACACUCUAGUUUGUGACAAUCUUGACGAGGCUAAAGUUCUCAGUUGGAGUGGGGAGAGGUUCAAAGUUGUUACGGUUGAUGGAAUCCUACUUACGAAGUCUGGCACGAUGACUGGAGGUACCAGUGGCGGAAUGGAAGCUCGAUCAAAAAAAUGGGAUGACGCGGAGAUUGAAGGUCUUCAAAAAUUGAAAGAACAAUAUGAGUCAGAGCUUGAAGAGCUUGGUUCAAUUAGAGAGAUGCAGCUAAAGGAAUCCGAAGUAUCUGGAAAAAUUAGUGCACUUGAGAAGAAAAUACAGUAUGCCGAGAUUGAGAAGCAAAGUUUAAAGGACAAACUUGAAAACUUGAAACAAGAGAGGCAGAACUUAAGGACUGAGAUCAAUCGGAUGAAUCCUGAACUUUUGAAGUUGAAGGACUCCAUUAACAAGAGGAACUCUGAUAUCACAAAGCUGGAGAAGAGGAUUAAUGAGAUUGUUGAUCGAAUCUACAAGGAUUUCAGUCAGAAAGUUGGUGUGAAAAACAUCCGCGAGUAUGAAGAGAACCAGCUGAAGGAAGCACAGAGUAUGGCUGAAGAGAGGUUUAACGUUAGCGACCAACUAGCAAAGUUGAAGUACCAGUUGGAGUAUGAAAAGAAGCGGGAUGUGGAUUCACGAAUUAGUGAGCUCGAGUCUUCUAUCGGCAACAUGGAGGAUAAACUGAAGGACAUUCAAAAUGAGGAAGCUAAAGUUAAAGCAGUAGCAGAACAAGCUGCUGAGGAGAUCGGCAAUUGGAAGGAAGAAAUCAAAGAGUGGAAGGUGAAGUCUGAUGAAUGCGAAAAGGAGGUGCAGGAGUGGAAAAAAAAGGCUUCAAAUGCUACGACAAGCAUAUCUAAACUUAACCGUCAGAUAAACACCAAGGAACAACAGAUUGAGAACAUGUUGACCCAGAGGCAGGAAAUAGUGGAGAAGUGUGAACUUGAGCAAAUAGAACUUCCUACUAUCCCGGAUCCAAUGGACACCGAAUCAAUAAUACCGGCCCCAACUUUUGAUUUUAGUGACCUGAAUAGGUCCCUUCUGCAGGAGAGGCACCGAGAAAAGCAUGAUACUGAAUUCAAGCAAAAGUUGGAUGCGAUAGUAUCAGAAAUUGAAAGAACUGCUCCCAAUCUGAAGGCUCUGGACCAGUACGAAGCAUUGAAAGAGAAGGAAAGAGCUGUGACCGAAGAGUUUGAAGCAGCUAGGAGGGAGGAAAAAGAAGUUGCUGACAGAUACAAUGCUGUUAAGCAAAGAAGAUACGAAUUGUUCAUGGAAGCUUUCAACCACAUUUCUGGGAAUAUCGAUAAGAUCUACAAGCAGCUAACCAAGAGCAGCACGCACCCACUUGGUGGGACGGCAUAUUUAAAUUUAGAGAACGAGGAUGACCCGUUCCUACAUGGGAUUAAGUACACUGCUAUGCCCCCAACCAAGCGGUUCCGGGACAUGGAACAACUCUCUGGUGGCGAGAAGACAGUUGCUGCCCUCGCAUUACUCUUCUCCAUCCAUAGUUAUCGGCCAUCACCGUUUUUUAUAUUGGAUGAAGUCGACGCUGCACUGGACAACCUGAAUGUGGCAAAGGUGGCUGGGUUCAUACGCUCGAAAUCGUGCGAGGGGACCCGCGCUGCCCAGGAUGCAGACAGGGGAAAUGGGUUCCAGAGCAUCGUGAUAUCCCUCAAGGACAGCUUCUACGAUAAGGCCGAGUCCUUGGUCGGGGUCUACAGGGACUCCGAGAGAAGCUGCUCGAGGACCCUGACGUUUGACCUGACAAAGUAUCGAGAAGCCUGAGAGAGGCUCAAACCUUGGGAGUUUGUUAAUGAUUGUCGUAAAUAGCUAUAACUCGAGUUUAUUGCUUCAUAGGUCAGGUAGAUACAUGGGGUGUGACGUCUUUACUAGUGCAACGGAGACUGUUAAUGUCACUGCUCCUGUGAAUUUGUGAAUAGUAGGAUGUACAAUUUAUGACAAUCUCUGUAGAUUUCACUUCCGCCUUUACAUGCAGUAAGUUUGAUCUCACAAUUGAAA